AUGCCUCCUCGUCCUCGGGCGCGUACGCCAGAGACCCCGACGAAUGAGCAGCUUGCGCAGAACCUCCAGCAGUUGACGCAGACGAUGCAGACCCUUAGUGAGGCCUUGUUGCAGAAUAACCAUCCCGUGCCACCUCCUCAGCCUGCCGGGCAUAGGGACAUUGGGCGUCUCCUGUCGGGUCACAGGCCACCGACCUUUGCGGGUGAGGAAGACCCGGUUAUCUUGGAAGAAUGGAUGAGGACGUUUGACAAGAUCUUCUCGGUUGUCGGUUGUCCAGAAGAGCGAAGAGUAGAGCUUGCAACGUUCUACUUCUGUCUUGAGGCUGAUUUAUGGUGGAUGCAUGAGGGCCCAGCUUGCCUUGAGGAGCCUGAGUUUGGAUGGACCGCUCUAACGGAUGGGAUGCGCGAGAGGUUUUAUCCGGCACAUGUUAGUGCUGCAAUGUAUGAGGAAUUCCUUCAUCUCCAGCAAGGAUCUUUAUCGGUGGUUGAGUACCACAAGAGGUUCCUAGAGCUUGAGCGUUUCGCCCGAAUGCUUGUGCCUACGGAGCUCGCCAUGGUUGAGAAGUUUGUAGCUGGCUUGAACUACGAGGCACGGAAGGCCCUAACCGUGAGUUGGCCGAGUUCUUUGAAGGAAGCAUACCUGAGUGCCGCGGAUCUGUACCGUGUUCAGCAGUUGCAGCGAGGAUCUUAUGAGCUUGCAAUGAAAAGAACCGAGAGUGGAGGCUCUUCCAGCUUCAAGAAGCCUAAGCCGAGUUUCCAAGCUAAGAAUGCAUCAUCUCCAACCCAAGGACCCAAUCGAGCGGAGCAUGGGAAUCAAGUCAAGACGUUUGCUUGUCGUAGAUGUCGGAAGCUGCAUGCUGAUCAGGACUGUCGUGGUCAAGCGUUCCGGUGUUUUCGUUGUGCAGACAGGGGUCACAAGGUCGCCGAGUGCCCUCAGCAAGCCAAUCAAUGGGCGUUGCCACCACCCCCAGGAGCCGGAGGAGCAGCAGGAGGUAGUUCUAGCCGUGGAGCAGCUGGGUCUAGGUCGUCAGGAAGGGUGUUCGUGAUGGGACGAUCGCAGCCAGAGAACGAGGGCUUGGUGGAGGAAGAGCUAGCAGGUAACCUUUUUGUAGCCUACCCUUGA